AUGCACCCCAAGACGAGGCGGCCGCAGACGCAGAGCGAGUCAGCGAGUGAACUGCUGGGCAGCACGCUGGCGGCGCUGGACGCCGUCAUCGCAGACGCGCAGCGGCAGGACGCGGGAAGCGCCCCUCAGGCCGGGAAAAAACGACAGCGCGGCGGUGCCGUUUUCGCCGCCAUGGCGGAGCCGCACCUCCACGCACUCCAGUCGCUUGUUGUGACGUACGGCGUGCAGCUGCUGCCCUCGCUCGACGCAGUGGCGCGGCGGGCGCUGCUGGCCGUAGCGUCUCCCACCACGGCGAACACUGCCGCCUGGGAGCUCGCGGCGCUACUCGGCACGUACUUUAGGGCGGGUGCCGUGCGGCUGCUGGAGGAGCUGAUGGAGCUGCUCCUGACUGACAAGGGCCCCUUCCUGCUCAAGGCGCCGUGCCUCGUUGGGCUGACGAGGGCGCGGGGGGGUGCAGAGGCCACGGAGGAGGAGGAUGAGGAGGAAGACGACACGGUCGGCCUUCUGCGGCGCCUGUGCGCCUUUGAGGAGCUGCUGCUCGCGGUGGGUCCGUGCAUAAGCGCCUCCGUGAUGCAGCGGGCAACGCUGCGCUUCGCCCAGGAGGUGGUGAUUGCCGGCAUCCUCGACGCCCCGCCCCCGGCUCCCCCGGCGGAGAGCGGCAAGCCCGGGCGCGGCAAGAAGGGCGGCCCAAACGCCACGAAUAUUAACAGCGAUAAGGAUCAACAUAAUAACACCAGCGGAGCCCAGCUGCAGGCAACGGCCUCUGCCGCCGCGUUCAGCGUGGAGGCGGCGGUGCAGCCCCGCUGCGUGCAGCUGCUCACGUCACUUCUGCUGCUCUGCCGCCCGCUGCCCGGGGUGGUCUCGGCGUGCGCGGUGCGGGUGGUGAGGGAGCUGCCCGCGCGGGCAGUCACGCUGCGGCAGCGGAGCGAGCAUCCACAUCUGCUGCGUGCCGUCGCGCGGCUUUCCGCGACGCUGACGGCGCUGCGCCACCCGCACGCGCUCCCGUUUUAUCUGCCGCCCGUUGACGUUGUGGAGAAGCCAACGCGGCGCGUCACUGCGGACGUGCCCUCGGCCGGCGUCGAGCAAACGACGGGGGUUAAUGACUCACAUCCUUCUUCUCCUGCGAGUGCGCCGCAGCAGCAGCCUGGGGAAGUGCAGCAGCAGGCGGCGGCGGCGGCGGCGGCGGCAACAACAACUGUCUGCGCCCGCCCUGCCGAGCCAUCGCCGCCGCGCCAACCGGCCCAAGCGGUUCAGCAGCAGCACUCUCUUGUAGAAGCUACGCGAAAUAGCAGGCAGGGUGUGCCCGCCGCCGCCGCCGUGAAGCAGCUGCAAGGACGGCAACGGAGCACGCUGGUGGCGACGCCACUUCCAGCAGUCCCCGCCGCCGUCGCCUGCGAGUCGGACGACGAGGAUGACAUGCCCGAAAUCGACAUCGAGGACUGA